UAGAACAUCACUUGAGACAGGCAUGACACGAAAGUCGGGUCGUCGUUUGGCUGUGCAGAGAAUUUGCUCUUAGAAACUACAGACCGCUGACAAAUAUUUGGUCAUCCUGUCCAAAUACUUACAGGGAGAAAGCUAGCUUAUUAGCUAGCCAAACAUUACUUAUCUAUAUAACGAUCUAGCUACUAUAUUUUUUUUUUUUCUAAAACACCUUUGGUAUGAUCUUGAUAAAAGCAGUUCUUUUUUAAAGCCAGCACCGACAAAUUUCGGGAUUUUGUGUGUGUGUGUAUGUGUGUGAAUUGGAAUUUUAAUCACUUGAACUGAAAUUAAGGUAUGGCACUGGACUUUGUUGCAGGAUGUAUGGGAGGUGCUGCUGGUGUAUUGGUUGGACAUCCUUUUGACACUGUUAAGGUCAGACUCCAAGUUCAAAAUGUGAACAAGCCCAUGUAUCGCGGAACUUACCACUGCUUCCAGUCCAUUGUUCGUCAAGAAUCUAUGUUUGGGCUAUAUAAAGGUAUUGGGUCCCCCAUGAUGGGUCUGACUUUUAUCAAUGCCAUUGUAUUUGGUGUCCAGGGAAAUGCUAUGCGCAUGCUGGGGAGAGAUACUCCUCUUAACCAGUUUUUGGCAGGUGCCGCAGCUGGUACCAUUCAGUGCAUCAUUUGUUGCCCAAUGGAAUUAGCCAAGACUCGCAUGCAAAUGCAGGGUACAGGAGAGAAGAAGUCUUCAAAGAAAAUGUACAAGAACUCUUUGGACUGUUUAAUUCGCAUCUACAAUAAAGAAGGAAUUAGGGGCAUCAACCGUGGCAUGCUCACAACUGUUAUUCGUGAGACACCGGGCUUUGGAGUCUAUUUCCUUUCUUAUGAUGUGCUGACACGUUCACUGGGCUGUGAACCAGAUGAUCUCUACAUUAUUCCAAAGCUACUCUUUGCAGGUGGUAUGUCUGGGAUUGCUUCUUGGUUAUCCACCUAUCCAGUGGAUGUUAUUAAAUCCCGCCUCCAAGCAGAUGGGGUGGGUGGAGUCAAUAAAUACAAUGGCAUUAUGGACUGUGUAAACCAGAGCUGGCAGAAAGAGGGCUGGAGGGUUUUUACUCGAGGUCUGACCUCAACCCUUCUUAGGGCCUUCCCUGUCAAUGCAACCACUUUUGCCACAGUGACACUAUUCCUCAUGUACAUGCGAGAUGAUGGCAGUAUGAACGACUGUGAGCCUGCUCACCAGCUUGUACAGGAACCACAGCAAACACAGCUCCAAACCACAAGCCUGUGAUUGAGCUCUCAAAUGCAUCAUGGAAAUAUUCACACAGUCUCAACUGGGACCGAAGUGACUUGCUAAACCUCUGACUAAAAGCCCCUUUAUAUAUUUCUCAACGAAGCUAUAAACUGCAUGUAUAUGCUCUGUCAGAAUCACUAUUUUUGCUACAAUCAUCCCUGUAAUACUUUAUCAGAAUAGUAAGAAUAACAAACAAAAACCACACACAUACCAAGCAAUCUAGCAAAACAAACAAACAAAACCUAAAUCAUCUUUUUAAGUGUCUUUAUUGGCAGUGACUUUGUACUGGAAACUGGGUUUUACCAGUUGACCCCAAGUCUCCAUAAUAUUCAAAACAAUGUUUUGCUAAGUUUGCUGCAAACAUGUGCCCUGAUUUUCUGCAGAAACUUAUAAUUCAUUCAUUUGUAGUGGAUCGGAUGGGUGUUAGCAAAUAAGAUAAGGUCAAACAGGGUGGUGGCAAGUUCAUUUUCUAGAAGUCCAGUGUAUACAAAACAAAGAACCCACAACGCAGUAUCUUAAAAGAAAACAACUAAAGAUUCUAGCAAAAUUUCACUUUGCUGAACACAUUUAACUUGCUGAACCCAUAUGGAAUUCCUGCAAUUUCAUUCUUUCUAGAAUGUGUUAUCUGCUGAUCUACUAAAAGAACAGCAUUUAUUGAACAUUGUUUUCUUCUGUUUUACCUUCAUUGCUACAUGCAUUCCAAAUAAGAAAAGCUGGAUACCAUUUUCAUUUUAAGUUUUGGUUUCCAUUCACCUCCAAUUUGUUGAAGAACUGUAAGUCAAUGCAGUCUGGUGAUACUGCAAAGGUCAAGAGUAAAACAAGUAUAAAAAUAUUCAUGUAUAGUAUACAUCUGUACAGUGAUCAGAGUGUGACACAUCGUUCUGGUUAUACGGAACAUAUUUUUCAAUGUUCUAAAAUUGUUUUGGCACAGCACUGUAUUGUAAAUUUUGCAAUUUACAGUUGUUGGAUAAAUGUUCAGAGAUGAUGACAGACAUGCACCUUAAUUAUGUAAUGUAACCCUUUCCCUUUCAGUUUUCAAUCUUUUUCAGCUUCUCAGAAUAUGUUUUUGUUUUGGGCUGUGCAUUCUUAUUUUAAAUAGUAUGUCUGCUUUGGAUAACACUGAAUGAUUUGCAGGAAAAGCUUUGUGAGGGAAAUGAUUACAGACAUUACUACUGCUAAUAAAGAGACAAAUAGAAUACCUGCAAGCAGAGUAAACACAUAUGCUACUGUAUUGUACUGGGUUGCCAUUCUUUGUUGAAAAAGUGCUUCCUGAUCUCCUGGGUUAAUGAAUCACUGCGUAUUAUACUUCGUCUGCUAUAUCAAAUAUGAAAAAUAUUGCAUCUCAAAAAGUACCGUUCCCCCCCCCAAUAAUCUGAAAGAAACCUUUAAGUAGUCACCAUUACUCAGUAUAUGUGUUGUAUAUUUUAAAAGAUUAAACAGAAUGAAAAAAACAAAAUUCACA